AUGUCAAGCUUCUUGCAUAAAAAAUGGAUAAAAGAAAAGGUAUUAAAUUAUCUGAAUAAUAUUGAUGAACCUGUCAAAAAACCUAUAAGAGCACAGAUAUUUGAGUUUUUAACAGUUCGAUUGGAAACAGAUAAUUUGAAAGAAAAAACCUGUGCCAAAAUCCAUGACAACAAAUUUUACAUUCGAUGUUUUUUUAGCGACGAGUGUAUUCAAAAAUUUGAAAGUGAAGAAAAAUCGUCUAUAAUUUCGAUAAAAGGUUCACAUAUCAUAAUUUUCGAAUCCUCCUUUCGAUUUAUAAAAGAUGCCUCUAUAAAAUCUCCCGGUUACGACUGUUUUCUAAACAUUGAAAGAUUCAAAUAUUCAACUAAUAUUACUCAUGGUCUCGGAGAUCUUCAAUUAAUGGAUGUUCGAGAAGAUAACGAUGUUAAAGUCGCGUUGAGGAGACGAUAUAAAAAACUUUAUCCGUUUUCUAAUCCUGGGUGGGGGGUACUUGUUGAAAUUUUAACUUGCAGCUUAAUUUCUGAUAUAAUCUCACGUGCUGAAGAUCAUUGUUUUGUUUUAAUGGGGAUGGGCAAAAAAUUAUUAUAA